GUCAUCUCUACAGUGUAUGAGAAUUCAGACUUCCGGUUUUUCGCAAAUCUUGUUAUCAUUACGUAGCUUAGGUUCAGUGAUAGUGAUUGUAAAUUUUUAUUGUUGUGCGAAGUGCGCUCGGCAGCAACGGAAUUAAUGAUAUUAUCGACGAGAUAUCUGUUCCGGUGUAAACGGUCCCUUGCCCAGCCUCGGCGAAUCUACCCCUGAAACGUACGACGUACGUGUCUCCCCAUCUAUCAGGUAUAUAUAUAUAUUAUACCCGACGCACACAUACACGCGCCCGCGCACACAAACACACCCAAACGGCGAGCACACCCAGUCGUCGUGUGUAUAACAUUUAAUAAUAAUAAUAUAAAAGAAUAAUAAUAAUAAUAAUAAUAAUAUGGCGCGUGCGCCCCGACACAAUAGUGUUUCGGUGACGACGGCGGCGGAGAAGCAUCGGCGGCGGCAGCAGCAGCAGCGAGCAGCUGUUGGUUUGGUGGUCGUGACGUAGUCGUCGUCGUCUGCCGUAGAACAACUGAAAUAUUAUUAUUAUUAUUAUUAUUAUUCUUGUCGUCGAACCGGCCGUCGCGCAUACAGCACGACCGCGUCCGAACCAGCGACCGCCGUACUGCGCGUGGAGGUGCCGUCGCCGCCGCCGCCACAGCAGCAAAACAGUCACCGACCGCAGUGUGCAGCCGUUAGCCGCCGGUCCCGUUCGCCCGUCCCUCGGUGUUCGUGAAAACGCUUGCGGACACAAUAUUAUAUUGUUAUAAAAAUCGUUGACAUCGAUCGUCGUGCGAUCGCGAUCGGUAAAACGUCCGUCUACGUCGUUAUGCCGUCGGCGCUGAACACCAAGUGACUGUGGAAUGACUACCGGUUUGACUGUGCCCCGCUCCAUGGCGGGUUUGGCGGAGAGACUAUCUGGAAUGAUGCCUACGCCUAGCGUACGAGGAAGAAAGGGCUGGUGUGGCUGCCUCAAGGACGAUGAGCCGCCAGAGAUCACGUAUAUUGUGGUCGACUCGGGCACUCUGACGUUGCAAAAGAUGACACCCACACUACCUAUGCCCGAAAAACCCGAACUGGACAGACUAUUCGCCGAAUUGGUUGAAGAACUCGAUUUAACUGCUACUAAUAAAGCAUCUAUGUUAGAACUCCCAGAAGAAAAGAAAUGGCAAAUUUACUGUAGUAAAAAAAAGAUAUUAGAGGAUCAAGAAAAUACAACAGAUUUAUCACAAUCUCCUGAAAACUACAUUGAACGUAUACAAUCGUUGAAUGGAGAUGAGCAGGAGAACACCAAGUUAUUUGAUUCCUUAAAGACUGCUCUGCGUACUCAACCUCAUAGCUUUGUACUGAGAUUUGUCCAAGCUGAUGGGUUAGUAACUCUGUUAGAAGUUUUGUCAUCUAUGAACUAUGAUACUCAACAAGGAGCAAUGCACACAUCAAUUAUUGGCUGUAUCAAAGCCCUUAUGAAUAACUCUACUGGAAGAUCUCAUGUACUAGCACAUCCAUCAGCUAUUAGUACUAUUGCUCGCAGUUUACUCACUGAAAAUCCCCGUACCAAAGUUGCUGUAUUAGAAAUUCUUGGUGCUUCCUGCUUAGUUCCAGGAGGCCAUAAGAAAGUUCUUGAUGCAAUGACAGACUAUAGGGAAUUCGCUCAUGAACGAGCCAGAUUCCAAGGCAUUAUUAAUGAUUUGGAUAGAAAUACUGGCGUGUAUAGAGAUGAUUUGACAGUUAAAACUGCUAUUAUGUCAUUUGUAAAUGCUGUUUUAAGUUAUGGACCAGGACAAGAAAGCUUAGAAUUCAGAUUGCAUUUGAGAUAUGAAUUUUUACAAUUAGGACUCAAGAAUAUUAUUAUUAAGUUAAGAGAACAUGAGAAUCAGACAUUAGACAGACAUAUGGAUUUCUUUGAUAUGGUUCGCAAUGAAGAUGAAAAUGAAUUAGCAAGGAAAUUUGAACAGGAGCAAGUAGAUACUCAAAGCGCUACUUCUAUGUUCGAUUUACUACGCAGAAAAUUGAGUCAUUCUCCAGCAUAUCCUCACUUCCUUUCACUUUUUCAGCAUUUUUUGUUAUUGCCUCUUGAGUAUGGAAGCCUACCACAACAUUGGCUUUUAUUUGAUCGAAUUGUACAACAAAUAACACUUCAAACGGAUGCUGGUGCUGAUAAUGAUGUAUCACCAAUUAAUAUAAAUGUUAAAGAAAUUAUUCAACUUUUGGCCAAAGAAGAAGAACUUGUUGAAGCAAAAAAUAAAGCUGAAGAGCUUGAAAAAGAAAAUACUAAUAUUACUGCUUCACUUGCUAAAAAAGAACAAGAACUAGACUUAAGAAAUCAAGAAAAAGAAGAUAUGGAAGCUAGUAUUUUAAGAAUUAAAGAACGUUUGGAAAAAGAAAUAUCUAUUCACUUGGAAACUAAACAAAAGAUAUCUGAACUUGAAGAUACUUCAAGUGAAUUACAGCAUAGGAUAGCUUAUGAGCAAGGGGAGAGGAGAAAGCUAGAAGCAAUGCUUAAUAAUGGAAGUUUACCAGAUGAUGCUAAAGUUAAUUUUAGCCCACCUCCUAUGCCUAUUCCACCCCCACCACCACCUCAAUUAAUAAUUAAAAGUAAUGGUCCUGCUCCACCCCCAGCACCACCACUACAAAUCCCUCCAUUAAAUCUUCCACCUCCGCCUGGUUGUCUCCCUCAAUUAGUCGUCAGACAAAGAUCUGUAGAAAUUCCAAAACCAUCUGCUCCUCUAAAAUCCUUUAAUUGGGCUAAGUUACCAGAAACUAAAGUGGCUGGAACUAUAUGGGCUGAUAUUGACGAAGGAAAAAUGUAUUCAUCUAUUGACCUUGAAGCAGUUGAUAAACUAUUUUGUGCAUAUCAGAAUCAAAAACCGACGAAUGGCACAACAGUUGCUAAUGAAGGAUCAUCUGAAGAUCUGAGAAAGACUGGUAAUAAUAAAUCCAAAGUAUUAUCUGUUAUUGAUGGUCGCCGAGCUCAAAAUUGUACUAUAUUAUUGUCCAAAUUGAAAAUGUCUGAUGAAGAAAUCGCUAGAGUAAUAAUGGAUAUGGAUACUAAAGACAUUUUACCAUUAGACAUGGUUGAACAACUUUUAAAAUUCACUCCCGGUCCAGAUGAAGCAGCUUUAUUAGAAGAACAUAGUUUUGAUUUAGACAGUCUUGCCAGAGCUGACAGAUUUUUAUACGAAAUUUCCAAAAUUGCACAUUACGACCAACGUCUUCGUAGUUUAGUUUAUAAAAAGAAAUUUAUUACUUGGACCGGAGAAGUUGAAGGCAGAACAAAAAUUGUUAUGGAGGCUUCACGUGAAGUAGCUCGUUCUCGACGUUUAAGAAAAUUAUUAGAAUUAGUAUUAGCACUUGGAAACUAUAUGAACAAAGGAGCAAGAGGAAAUGCAUGGGGUUUCCGUUUAUCAUCUCUAAACAGACUUACUGACACUAAGUCAAGUUCUGUUAGAGGUAUAACGUUAUUGCAUUACAUUGUUGAUAUGGCUGAUAAGAAGUUCAAAGACAUUUUAUUAUUGGAAGAAGACUUACCUCAUGUAAGAGGGGCCUCAAAAGUAAGUUUGGCUGAACUUGAAAAAGACAUGUCACAAUUAAGAAAUAAUUUGAAAGAAGUUGAACGAGAAAUUGAAUUCCAAAGGGUACAACCUGCUGUACCGGGUGAUAUGUUCCUACCAGUAAUGAAAGAAUUUUUAACUACUGCUACCUGCAGAUUUUCUGAGUUAGAAGACUUAUUUCAAGAUAUGAAAACUAGAUUUGAUAGAGCAGUCAGAUUAUUUGGAGAAGAUAAUUCUACGAUUCAACCUGAUGAUUUCUUUGCAAUUUUUGAUUCUUUCUUAACAGCUCUUUAUGAAGCACGUCAAGAUAACUCCACUGUUAAAAAAAGACGUGAAGAAGAAGAAAAAAGGAUAAGACAAGAAGUGGAGUUAAAGAAAUUAACUCUUGAUCGGAAAAACUGUAAAGAGGGUGCUAGUAUUUUGUCUAAUGGAUCUAGUAGUCGUCAAGUUUCUAUAAAUGGUAAAUCUGGUGACAAGGCAGAAUUUGACGAUCUUAUAUCAGCUUUAAGAACAGGAGAUGUUUUUAGUGAAGAUAGUAUGGCAAAAAUUAAACGCAGUAGAAAAUCCAGACAUUCACCUCCAGCUAGGGAACACAGCAGGGACAGAGUAUUAAACGUUACUCGAAAAAAAUAA